UCUCGGUGUUACUGUUUUCUGUUUCUGAGCAAACUGGGCAGUAAGGAUUUGCCACAACCAUGGAAAUCGACACACUUCUAUCAGCUUUCAAAGAUUUCGAAAAGAAAGGAAAGAAGGAGACAUGUCCUGUUUUGGAUCAGUUCUUGUGUCAUGUUGCCAAAACUGGAGAGACAAUGAUCCCGUGGUCCCAGUUCAAAAGCUACUUUCUCUUUAAACUGGAGAAAGUAAUGGAUGAUUUCAGAGCCUCAUGCCCAGAGCAGCGUGGCCCAGCAAAUCCAAAUGUGGAGCACAUUCCCUUUGAGGAGAUGAAAGAGAGGAUACUCAAAAUUGUUAAUGGGUAUAAUGGGAUUCCAUUUACUAUCCAGCGUCUGUGCGAACUGCUCACUGAACCUAAGAGAAACUACACAGGAACAGACAAGUUCCUGAGAGGAGUGGAGAAGAACGUGAUGGUGGUGAGUUAUGUGCAUCCUACCUCAGAGAAAAAUGGAUCCAGUUGUGUGAACAGAAUGAAUGGAGUCAUGUUUCCUGGAAACUCUUCUGCUUUUGUUGAGAGGAAUGUAAAUGGUCCAGGAACACCCAGACCCUUGAACAGACCAAAGCUCACAUUGUCAAGCUCAGCUUCCACAAACGGCCUUCCAGACAGCACAGAAAACAAGGACCUGGCCUCAGAACAGCCUGAGAAAAUCACCAGUGGUUCACCAUUGUCAGAGACAGACGUUUCCAGAGAAAGUUCUCUGAAGAACAAACGUUCUGAGGAUUUAGAAGAGACAGACAGGAAUGAUGUGAAGAGGCUUAAAUUUGACAAAGAUGGCGACGUUGAAGAUGAGAACGAGGAAGAGGAUGAUGGGAAAGAAAGCCCUGUUCUUGCAGAAAGCUCGUCAGACAUACCAGAGUCAUCGUCUGACGUCGGAGAAGAGGCAAAGGACAGUAAAGCAGCUUUUGACCUGGGAAAUGACGACCAUGAGCCGUCUAGCACACAGACAGAACCUCUGGAUGACCAAGGCACAGGGCAGGAGGAUUCUCCGAGCCGCUCUCAGUUUGAGGAGAACAGCCCUGAAUCAAAGACGUCUGAACAGCUGGCUCAGCCAGGCCAGGACACUAGUGCUGAGUCACAGGAGGUCAGGGAGAGUGAUGCAGUCAGCAGUAGCAGCAGUAGUAGUGAAGAUGGGGGCUCCACUGAAAAAGUAGUGUCAGCCUGCUCCAGUAGUUCUUCAUCUUCACCAGCAGAGGGCAGCACAGAGAACUCUUCCAACAGCUCAGAGACUGGAGAGGAAUCUAUGGACUAGGACUAGUUUGGCCUUGCCACUGUUAUUUUUAACACUGUACCAUACAACCCACACACCCGAUUUCUGUCAGAUUGUGGAUCUCUGACCUCAUGGGAGAGGAGGGACUUUCUGUGGCAGGCUAGAGGACUUCCUCUGGUCCCCACGUGCCUUGAUUGACAACACCUCCCUCCCGAUGGCCACGCCUCAACUUUGUGUACAGGUCCCUGAUUAAAGGGGGAUAACCAAACAAGCUAACAAACUGGAAGCUCAUCAUUUUUUGACCGGUUUUGGAAGCUCUUGCAAUUCAUUUACGUAAAGAAGCCUUUUCAUCUUCUUUCUCCCCACAACAUUUAUUUCUCAGUGAUAAUUUCACAUCAAAUUUUGUUACGUAACAUUUCACAUCACAUUUCUCCCCUUCCACAUCAUCUUCGUGCAUUUUUGUCUUGUCAUUAUGGGCCCGUGUGGCACAUCACUCUGUGUGUGUGUGUUUGUGUGUGUGUGUGUGUGUCAGAUGAAUGCUCAGUACGAACCAUGUUGAUGCUGUGCCUGUGUCUCUAUCCAGAGGAUGCUUUUCACCGAAGACUAAGGCUUAAAAACAUUCCAGGAGCACUCCACAGUCCCAUACUGCCUCGUCUACUCUAUGCCUCUGUAGCACUGAAUGCAUCAUAGCAACAAAAGACACUUCUUCAUAUCUCAAAUGAGCUAAUUUCACAUAAAAUUUGUGGUAACUUUGUAACUCGUUUUUCCCAAUGACAUGUGGUAGUGGCUUACAUACUGGCAUCUCAGAAUCCACUCACUCUUCCUAUGGUGCUGGUUUAGCAUGAGAAUAAUAGCACAGAUAAUUUGACUAAUGUUGUUUCUCUAUUUGUAUGAAGUUAGAUAACCAAGGCUGCAGUCGUUGACUUAAAAAAAAAAAAAAGGGUAGUUAAUAUCAUGUUGUAACUCAUGAUGCAUAAUGUUUUGUGUUAAACGACUUUAAUGGCACCGUUUGUUUUCAGAUUAUCUUCGACUGCAUUUUGAGCAAUGGCAUACUGUAGUGUGAAAACAUAGAUAAAUUGGUCAGCAUAUUGUACAAUUCAGUACGUCAGCAGUCUUUUUAGAAUACCCCCACCCCCUCCCAGGACAAAUAUUUAAUGUCUUUACAGGCUGCCAUACACCGCUCCUGUUUCUGCAGCUCCUCUUUUGAUAUUUAGAAUUUUUAAAUUUCUGUAAAGUAGGUUUUGUAGAUUGUAAUGAGUGUUCAUUGCUUUUCGUGAAAACGGUGUAUGAUUUCUCUGUAAACUGAAUGCUUGGGCUUUCAAUACAGUA